AUGAAGCUCGUGGUCUUCCUGCUGCUCCUCCAGGUGUUCGGAUCCGCUCACGGCAGGUGUUUUUGUCAGGUCACUGGUGACCUUGAUGACUGCGCCUGCGAUGUGGAGACCCUCGACACUUUCAACAAUGAGCAGCUUUUCCCUAAACUUCAAACUCUCCUGGAGUCGGACUACUUCAGGUUUUACAAGGUGAACCUGAACAAGCCGUGUCCGUUCUGGACAGCCAACAGUCACUGUGGUCUGAAGGACUGUGCUGUGAAGCCCUGCUCUCCUAAUGAGGUCCCCGAGGGGAUCCGAUCCUCCCCCCACAACAAGUAUUCGGCUGAGGCAAAUGAGCAGUUGGAUGAAUGUGAACAGGCGGAGCACCUUGGAGCCGUAGAUAUCUCCUUAAGUGACGAGACUCGAGAGGCUCUGCUGGACUGGAGCAAACACGACGACGAAGCCGAGCGGUUCUGUGUUGUUGACGAUGAGGAGUCUCCGGACUCGCAGUACGUGGACCUGCUGCUGAACCCAGAGCGCUACACGGGCUACAGAGGACCCGAGGCCUGGCAGAUCUGGAACAGCAUCUAUGAGGAGAACUGCUUUAAACCACUCACCGUCAAACGGCCACUUACUCCCAACUCAUUUCAGAGCAGCUCAGGAGGUGAAGCCAGGACCUUCUACAGCUGGCUAGAAGGUCAGUGUGUGGAAAAGAGAGCUUUCUACCGGCUCAUUUCUGGCCUCCAUGCUAGCAUCAACGUCCACCUGAGUGCCAGGUAUCUCCUGGACGAUAGCUGGUUCCAGAGGCAGUGGGGUCACAACGUGUCCGAGUUCAGGCAGCGCUUCGACUCGGAGCUGACGGCCGGCGAGGGACCCAAGAGGCUCCGCAACCUCUACUUCCUGUACCUGAUAGAGCUGCGAGCGCUGGCCAAGUCUCUGCCGUUCUUUCAGCAAAAAUCCUUCCAGUUGUACACGGGCCGGGCCGAGGAGGACCGGAACCACAAGGAGAUGCUGCUGGACAUUCUGCAGCUGGCCAGAUCCUUUCCGCUGCACUUUGAUGAGACGUCUUUGUUUGCAGGAGAUGAAAAGGAAGCCGCAAAACUGAAGGAGGAUGUCAGACUGGCCUUCCUCAACAUCUCCAGAAUCAUGGACUGUGUUGGCUGCUUUAAAUGUCGCGUCUGGGGUAAACUACAGACUCAGGGAUUAGGAACAGCUCUGAAGAUUCUGUUUUCAGAGCGACAGAUUGAAGCUCUACCCAACAAAUCCAGUGAGCAGCGAUCCAGUUUCCAGCUCAGCCGGCAGGAGAUCGUCUCCCUGCUCAAUGCUUUCGGGAGGAUUUCCACGAGCAUCAGAGAGCUGAAAAACUUCAAAUCACUGCUAGCGGAGGAGGGGUGACAGAAGCAUAAAUCAUUUUGAUACAUUUUAUCUUGAAUUUUUGAUUCUGAGCCACAGACUGCAAUUUGAACAACUGCCUUAAUCCUGCUGAAAUAUAAUUUGUACAAUUAAUAGUUUGGAAUGAAGGCAAACCUGCUGGAGGAAUAUUUGUUUUUAGGAAAAAUUAUAAAAUCUGACAUUUGUAAAAAGGUCCUUCACUUCACUUGCCUUGAUGUGUUGUAAUAAAGAAAACUGUUGUAGCCUUAGGAGAGA